GGGACCAGGGAUUCACCACUGAUCGGGACAGAUGGCCUGGAGGAGCCGUCCUAAUCCUUUUAGCUCAUCCUCUAAUACUCCCGUGUGUGUGGGUCACCUCCCUCGGGCUCCUGUUGAAGGUGUCCCAGCCAUGGCAGCGUCAGUGGAUGAAAGAGAGGCCGAGGACUGGAGCCCAGCCCCUCCGAUGUAUGAGGAGUACCGGCCGCCUGCGCUGGACGCCAUCCGUCUGCCUCGCUAUGCCCUGUAUCUGCUGAUGGCCGCUGUCCUGGUGGUGGCCGUGGCCUACGCCAUCGUUGGCCACCUCAUCAAAGAUUUAGCUCAUGACCUGGCUGACUGGGCCUUUGGCCCUAAGCCUGACCAGGAGGAAGGUCCCCGGGAGCUGCGGGCCAGCUUGGCCGCAGAGGACCUGGAAGAGCUGGAUCUUCAGCUGGCCCUGGCCUGGCGUGGGGAGGACGACCCCGCCCAUGCUCCUCGCCGCACUUCCAUCGCCUUCAGGGACCCGCCGGUGCAAACCAACUUUUGGCGGCGGGAAUGACCAGGAGGAGCAGCAGCACCGUGCACCGUUGGUGGGCCCGGCAGUUCUCUCUGCCUGAGUUGGGCCACCUGUGUAUGUGACAUGUCUGUGUACAACACAGGGUUUGGCUGGGCUGAAACACAAAACUCCCCCGCCUAGGCUGGAGUGCUCUGAUUGCAGACUCCACUUCCAGUUUAUUAAGACUUGGUUGUCAUGUAGCCCAGGCAAGCCUGAUAUAUAGCAGAGGAUGACCUUGAACUCCUGAUCCUCCAGUCACCACCUCCUGAAUGCUGGGAUGACAGGUCUGGGCCACUCUACCUGACUUCUGUGAUGCAGAGGACCAAGCCCAGGGUCUCCUACAAGGCUGGGCCAGCCUGAAGCCCUGACAUUUUCUUUGUUUGUUUGUUUGUUUCUUUUUUGGUUUUUCAAGACGGGGUUUCUCUGUGUAACCGCCCUGGCUGUCUUGCCUGCAACAUUUUUCAUUAUGGCUAAUUCCCCACACAGACUCCUUUUGCAUCAGGUGUUUGUGAGAGGAGAAACAAGUGAGGCCAAAUUCACAUACAAAUUAAAAGCUUAUCUGACUAUCCCAGUGCCUGUGACCUCCUUGUCUCAGCCCUGUCCCACACACUCCCAUAAAACUGGAAACUGAGGCAGGCCACUGAGAAAUGUCUGGGUGAAGGCCUCUCAUCUCAGGGAACUUGUCACAUACAGGAUGGAAUAACCAAGGGAUUAGUGGUCUGUCAUCCUCAGCAUUCAGGAGGCUGAGGCAGGAGGAUGACACAUUCUAGGCUAGUUUGGGCUCUGCAGCAAAGGAGCCAUGUAGGGUAGGUCCCUCCACACGGCCUCCCCCACCUCAGCCAGCAGGCUUGUCAAUCUGGGCUCCUGACAUCCCACCUGGGCUGAGACCUCUCAGCACCGGACUCCAUGAGUAUACAGUAGGAGCUUAAUAGGCAUGCCUGGUUGGGUUCCUGGUGGCAUCUUUAAUCCCAACACUCAGGAGGCAGAGGCAGGAGCAUCUCUCUGAGUGACCAGCAUGUGUCAUCUCACCUAAUUUCUGGAGAUGGAACUCAGGGCCUCAGGCAUGCUGGGAGACUGUUCCCUCUCUGAGCUGCAGUCCGGCACAUGUUUCUAUUUCUGAGACCGUCUCGCUCUGGAGCCCAGGCUAGGCCUGGACCUAACCAUCCUCCUGCCUCUGGCUUCUGGUGUGUGGGAAUGACAGGCAUAUGAGAACAUCAGAGUGCCCUAUUUCUUUACUGUCUCUUUCACGUGCGCAGGCUGUGGCUGUACCCGUGAUACGUCUGGGUGGGGUCCUCCUUUGCCCAGGUGGGGCUCUUUAUCUAAUCAGCUUGAGGCCCAAGGUUGAGGGCAGAAGCCUGUGGCUUGUCUGUUUGUUGAGGUGUCUGGAUGCUCCGUAGGUAGGUGGCUCUCCCAUUGCAUUGAGGGUCCUCCUUCUGGGAGCCUGGUGCCCCCCCUAAGGCUGGUGCUCACAGAGCUGCCAACCCUGCUGGGCUGACUUACCAAACACAAAGCUGCCAAGCUUGUCCCAGUCACCAAGCCUGACUGCCACACUUGGUUGUGUGCACAUGAAGGAUGUCACAUCUAUGCAGCCUGACUUCUUUCAGAGGAUGCUCAGGACCUGUCACCUGGGGCUGGCUGUCACCUGGGCUGCUGGUCUCCGGGGAGGGGUGCAAGGCGCCGGGGAAGGGACAGUCUAGGUUAAUAUUAAACUAGCUGCAGACUCUGCCCUCCGAGGCUGCAGGGGUCUGAUGCCCAGCCAAGCAGUCGUGGGAGGCUGGGCCACAGGUGGCAGGCUCCCCACCCCGCCCGCCCAACCAUCCUGUCUUAACCCCACCCGAGCUCUGCGCAGCUCACACCGCAGCUGAACAUCGACCUGUAUCCAACGCGCUGGUCAUGGACACCCUGGGUAGGCUGCUGCUGCUGGCUACGCUGCUCCUGACACCCGUCGAGGCCCAGCAGGCCUCAGAGCGCCGCCUGAAGCCCUGGCUGGUGGGUCUGGCUGCCGUCGUGGGUUUCCUGUUUAUCGUCUUCAUCCUCCUGCUGGUCAAUCGUGUCUGGUGCUCCAAAGGCAGAGCAGAGGAUGAAGAAACUACAUUCAGAAUGGACCACACUAUGAACGAGAACUCAAAGCCAAGUAAAACAGACAAGAAGAAGCAGAAGAAGAAGAAGGUGGACAGGAAGGGUGGGCUGAGCAACGCAGGAUUAGAGCUGGAGGAGAAGGAGUCCUCAGAUGAGGAGAGAAGCAAGAAAACAGCCUUGUGAACUUCUUGUCACCUGGGGUGUCCCAUCCACACCCCUCAAGCUGCAGCCACCACCUGAAGCUGGACUGGUGUCAUCUGGGUCUGAAACCUGUCCUCAGAUGAGGAGGCCAGCUCUACCUAUGGCCCCCACACUCAUCCCCCUCCCCCCACUGACACACUCACCACUGGCCUGGUGUCCACUCCUAUCCAUCUGCCCUCCUGCGCCCUCUCUCACAUCCAAUCUGCCUCCUCCAGGCACACUAGUGGUGUCACCUAACUGUCCCCUCUGUCUCUGAGUCCCAUCGCUGCUCCUGGGAGGGUUUCCACCCUCUGUGCUAUUUGUGUCUUGGAGGAGAGACACCCUGUGGUCCAAUCUCUGCCCCAUGGUCACUUGGUUCUUUCUGAGGACCAAGGACCAUGGACCUUGUUUCAUUCAAGGUCUGUUCUUGAGUCCUCCGGGGACAAGCUGUUUUGGGCAGACAGUUCGAGCAAUGGCCACCAGGGGGCAGUGUCACCUCCCAGCACCUUCCUUUAAUAAAGGCCCUAACGCUGUGUAA